AAAUCUUCAUGAAGUUUAUACCUACUUUAUUUGAACCGAAACAUUUUUUACAUUUAAUAUCAUUUAUUAACAUUUAAUAUAGUUAAUUCUACUGAAUUUUAUAUUUAUAUAGUUUUAUUUUUUUUAAAUUAAAUAGGUUUUUUGUUAAUUACGUAUUUUAUGAAAAGUACACAAGAAACUAUAAAAUAAUAUGCUAUCUUUCACCAUGACUAAUGAUGACUCUAUAAUUGCUGAUGUGUUUACACAAAAACAUCAGUUGGAUUUCUCUCAUACUAAUCCACAGAAGCGCCUACGAGAAGAAAACUAUUGUGAUUUCUUUGGUUUACCACCAAAAGUAAAACAAAUGUUUCAAAAGCACAAGGGAAUUUCUAAACUUUAUGAUUGGCAAAUAGAAUGUUUAAACUUGGAAGCAGUAAAAAAUAGAAGAAAUUUAGUUUAUGCUUUACCAACAAGUGGAGGUAAAACAUUAGUAGCUGAAAUUUUAAUGCUCAAAGAAUUGUUAAUUUUUGAGCGGAAUGUAAUAUUUAUACUACCAUAUGUUGCUUUAGUACAAGAGAAGGUACAAUCAUUAUCACCAUUUGGUCUUGCCUUAGAAUUCCAUGUUGAAGAAUAUGUUGGAGGUAAAGGUAAACAUCCACCUACUCAGCGAAAACGCAAAUCAUCAUUGUAUGUCUGUACACUUGAAAGAGGAGCUGGCUUAGUUGAUUGUAUGUUAGCUGAUAAUGGUCGAUUAGGCGGGAGAGAAAUUGGCAUGAUAGUCGUAGACGAGUUACAUCUUCUUGGUGAACAAAAAAGAGGAGCAUUGUUGGAAGCAACACUUACUAAAGUAUUAUACUCUAAAUACAAUACACAAAUAAUUGGGAUGUCUGCAACAAUUGGAAAUAUGCCAGAAAUUGGUGAUUUUUUAAAUGCUCAUAUAUAUACGAGAGAUUUUAGGCCUGUUCAACUAACAGAAACAAUUAAACUUAAUGGAGAAAUAUUUGUUGUUGAAAAAGAUAUUGAUGGUUCUUUAAAGUCUAAACUUGAUAGAAAGUUAAUGUUUGAAGAUUAUUCAACAGAAAUGAAAAAAUUUGACCCAAAUGGUUUUGGUCUUCUUGUACGUGAAAUAUUACCAAAUGGGAGUUGCUUAGUGUUUUGUCCAACUAAGAGCAGUUGUCAAAGUGUAGCCAAAAUAAUUUAUAAGACAAUUGGGAAAGAUGAAGCACGUAAUAAAUUAAAAGAGAAGGAAGCAUUAUUUAAUGCUCUAAAAGAAGAAGGUAAUGGUAUAGUUUGUCCUUUGUUGGCAAGAAGUAUACUGUAUGGAGUUGCAUAUCACAAUUCUGGUUUAACAAAUGCAGAACGAAAAUUGUUGGAAGAAGCUUUUUUAGGUGGCACUUUGAUAUGUAUUUGUUGUACAUCAACUUUGGCUGCAGGUGUUAAUCUUCCCGCACAAAGAGUAAUAAUAACGUCUCCAUAUGUUGGACGAGACUUUAUGAAGCGCAGUACUUAUAGACAAAUGGUUGGUCGGGCUGGUAGGGCAGGUCUUACAGAACACGGAGAUAGUAUUUUAAUAUGUCAAGAUAAUGAUAAAAAUAAGGUAAAAGAACUCUUAGAAUGUGGCAUUGAAAGUAUUGAAAGUUGUCUUGGAACAGAAGAUACUGUAGUUUAUUCAAUGAUAUUAAGUUCUAUUACUACAGGCUGUACAACAACUCGUCAGCAAUUGGUGAAUUUAAUGAAACGUACCCUGUACAUACAACAAGCAGAAACACAAGGAAAUGCCACUACUGCAGCAUCUGAUCUAGUUGAGUCAUGUUUAGACAAAUUACAAACUAUUAAUUCUUUUACAAAGCUAAAUGACGAUGAACUGAAAUUGACAGUCAUUGCUAAGGCAGCAGUUUCUGCCAAUUUAGACAUAUUAGAGGCACAAAAGCUCUACACAGAUUUGUUAGAAGCAUCAAAUGCACUGAUUCUAACAAACAAAUUACAUUUACUGUACUUGGCCGUCCCUUACACAGACUACAUAACGUUACAACGAGGAAUUGUUCUAGACAUAAUAACCAACUUGUAUGGUGAUCAGCAAGUAUUAGCUGACAGAUUAGGAUUGAAUGAGUUGUGCAUAGCACAAUUUAUUAGUCAUGGGAAAAUAAGAAAUAUAUCAGAAAUUGUUUGGAAUAAGUUUCUUACGAGUUUAAUCUUAAAUGACUUGUGGCAUAAUGAAUCAAUUUGGGCUGUAUCCAAGAAGUAUGAUGUGCCUAGAGGAACAAUACUUUCAUUUUUAUCAAGAGCUGCAUCUUAUGCUUCAUCCAUACAAAGAUUCACAGAAGCACUUCAAGAUAAUAAAUUAGACCAUUUUCCUAUGUUAUUUCAAAGUAUUAUUCCCAAACUUAACUUGGAAGUAAUGGGAUGUUCCGAUGAUCUUGAGUCUCUAAUGAGUCUACCAUCUGUAAAAUUUGGCAGAGCAACACAGUUGUACAAAGCUGGAUAUAAAACAUUGAAUGAUGUUGCAAAAGCAAAUAAAAAGGAAUUAUGUAAUGCUAUUGACCAUUUACCAUUAAAAGUCGCACGCGAAAUAAUAGCCUCAGCUAAACUUAUGUUAUUAUCCAAGGCAGAAAUACUUGAAGAAUUAGCUGAAGAUUUACGGGCUGAUCUAAAUGAAUCAAUGUCCAAACAUAAAGAAACUUCAUUAUGGUUUAAAUGAUUAUAUGAGUAGUAUUAAACAUAUUGUUAUUUAUGCUUUAUACAUGAGGUUUAGUAACUUAAAAGACUGAUAUUUUAACUAUUUUUAAAAAGUAUUAUUUUGUUAAUUACAAAGAAUGUGUUUAAAAGCUGAAUAUUAUUUGAUUAAAUUAUUUUAACCAGAAUUUGUUAAUUUUUUAUCAAUAAUC